AUGAAAAAUAAUCUUCCCUAUUCUGUCGCAGAAGUUGCUAGCCUCUCCAGCACGGAAAAGGCUGGCGACUUCAAGCACGCGGAAGAAAAGGUAACAGGCCAUGUAGCCGAACAAGAGAUCAAUCCAAGAGUCGUCAGGAAAAUCGUCAGGAAAAUCGAUGCCCGACUGGUCCCGAUUCUUGGUUUGCUUCACGCCGUUUCCCUCAUCGACAGAGGAAACCUAGGCGGAGCCCGGAUCGCUGGUAUCGAUGAAGCCACCAACCUUGACGUGGGGUCAAGGGCUUCUAUUGUCAUUCUGGUCUUCUACAUUGGCUAUAUCGUCAUGGAGAUUCCAAGCAACAUCCUUAUCAAAAAGUUGGGAGCAGCGAAUUGGAUGUCCUUCCUAGCAGUAUGCUGGGGAGUGGUCUGCAUCGGCAUAGGUUACAGCAAGAAUUGGCAAACACUGGCAGUGUGUCGGGUUAUUCUGGGUCUCUUGGAAGCCGGCAUUUAUCCCGGCGCGGUUUACCUAUGUGGUUCUUGGUACCCCAGGUACGAAGUUCAACUAAGGAUAGCCAUCUUCGCCAUGAUCGGGAUGUUCCUGUCAGGGUUUGGCAACAUUCUAGCUUACGGCCUCACUCAGAUUGCUCAACAGCCCGAAGUGAAUGGCUGGAAAUGGAUCUUCAUUGUUGAAGGUUGUUUGACUCUCGGGGUCGCUGUUCUCGUUCGUUUGAUUUUGGUGGACUUCCCCCACUCGAAGAGAAACAAGUUCUUGACUCAGGACGAAAAGAUCAUCGUCCACGAUCGUCUCGUUGCUGAUCGAGGGCUACAUGAGACCGAAAAGGUCACUUGGAAGGUCGUAGGCGCCACUUUUGCAGAUUGGCGAGUUUGGGCAAUGCAAGUUCGACCAUCCCAUUUUUCCGCCUGCACCUCGAAUUACAGCUAUACCUUUUUUCUUCCAAUCAUCCUACGCCGCGGCAUGGGUUUCUCCCAGGAGGCGUCCUUUCUGCUGACGGCUCCUCCGGCUUUUGUCUCAGCCCUUAUCGCCAUCGGCACCGCCUAUGUCGCUGACAGAUUGAAAUUCAGAGGGCCCUUUAUCCUCGGAACGUCUGUCUUCGCCAUUGUCGGUAUUGCCAUGGUGGGGUGGUGUAGCAACCCUGCAGGACGAUACACCGGUGUCUUCUUCGGCCAGAUUGGCGGCAAUGCUUUAGCGGCAACCACGCUAGCCUGGAUGGCCAACAACAUGCGUGGCGACGCUAAACGCGCAGUUGCUACUGCAAUUCAGGUAAUGAUGGGAGGUGUGGGAGGGGUUUAUUCGGCCCUUGUUUUCAGGCAGCAGGAUACCCCCAAUUAUAUCCCUGGAAUCAUUGCUACCAUGGUCUCGAUUGCUGUUCCCAUGAUCAUAACCUUGGUUAUGAUGCCGCUGCUUCGGCGCGCAAACCGACAGGCAGACGCAGGUACCAGAGUCAUCGAAGGGGCAGCUGAGUUCCGAUAUACAUUGUGA